GUGUAACACACAACAUUGGACGGCUGAGCUGGAGUAGAGAAACAACACAUCUAACAUAAUUAUAUAAGUAUUCAAAUAUAUCGUCGCCAGUAUAUUAACGAGUUUUGUUAAGUAGUUAAUCAAUGUAGCUAAUGGUGCUGCGAUAGCUAACGUUAACCCUAAACAUUUCUUAGCUAGCAUAAGCUAGUUAGCUCGGAGCUAGCUAAAGUUAUAUUUAAAAAUUGUUGGAAAGUCUGGCAACUUAGGUUUCUUAUAACCAUGUGACUAGCUACAGUAUUGUUAAAUAUUAAUUGACAAACAAUUUGCUAACUCGACGUUAAAAUAUGUACAUUCAUUCAUCUUCAUUUGAUUUACAAGGCGAGCGAAAAUCUAUGUAUAAACAGUCUGAAAAUAGGUUCUUCAAAUGUGGUGAAAAGACAAGCCCUAUCAGUGUAAUUUUGGUUACUUCGGGUAGUCGAGGGAACAAAUUGCUCUUUAGGUACCCAUUUCAACAGGUUUCAGAUUGCACAUCAUCACUCACGACAAAACAGCGAAGUCCAUAUGCAUUGAACACUACAGGAGAUGUUCUUGAAGACCCAGAUGGAGAUUCAAGAGAACAAACUCCGUUAACUGAUGAACAGUUGGUAGCAGGGUUCUCUGACAUCAUCCUCGCCACUAUCUUGGCCACCAAGUCUGAUAUGUGUGGGAAGAAGUUUGAGCUGAAGAUAGACAAUGUGCGUUUCGUUGGGCACCCCACCCUCCUCCAGCAUCCUCACACCAUUCAGGUGUCCAAGACAGACCCCUCACCUAAGAGGGAGAUGCCCACCAUGAUCCUGUUCAGUGUUGUGUUUGCUCUGAGGGCCAACGCCGACCCGUCAGUCAUCAGCUGCAUGCACAACCUGUCCCGGCGCAUCGCCAUCGCCCUGCAGCACGAGGAGCGCCGCUGCCAGUACCUCACCAGAGAGGCCAAGCUGAUGCUGGCCGUGCAGGACGAGGUCACCAACAUGACCGAGACUGAUGGCAGCCCUCAGUCACCGUUCAGACAAAUCCUUCCUAAAUGCAAGCUUGCCAGGGACUUGAAGGAGGCAUAUGACAGCCUGUGUACAACAGGGGUGGUGAGGCUCCAUAUCAACAACUGGCUGGAGGUGAGCUUCUGUUUACCUCACAAGAUCCACCGGGUAGGGGGCAACCACGUACCCCCCGAGGCUCUGGAGCGUAGCCUCAAGGCCAUAAGGCCGUAUCAUGCUCUGCUGUUGCUGGACAGUGAGAAGGCUCUGCUGGCCCAGCUGCCUUUGGACUGCUCUCCUGCUCUGGUGCGCCUCAUUAAGACCUGCUCUGCAGUCAAGAACCUGCAGCAGCUGGCACAGGAUGCAGACCUGAACCUGUUACAGAUCUUCCAGAUUGCUGCUCACCUGGUGUACUGGGGAAAAGCCAUCAUAGUGUACCCUCUGUGUGAGAACAAUGUCUACAUGCUGUCCCCACACGCCAACAUCAGCCUGUACUCUCCAUUGGCUGAGGCGUUUGGCCAGCAGUUCCCAGGUCAUGACCUGCCUUCCAUGCUGGCCAAGUUCUCCCUUCCCCUCUCACUGUCUGAGUUUAGGAACCCACUGGAUGCUUCUGUGCAGGAGGCCCAGCUGAUCCAGAUGGUGGUGUGGAUGCUCCAGCGACGCCUGCUGAUCCAGCUCCAUACCUACGUGUGUCUGCUGGUGCCCCCCAGUGAGGAGGAGUCAGGUCUGCUGCGGGACGAGGAGCUCCCUCUGGUGGCCCGGGUGGGGGGCCGCAGCCUCAGCACGCCCAGCGCACUCAGCUUCGGAUCCCCAACCAGCAGUGAUGACAUGACCCUGACCAGUCCCAGUAUGGAUAACUCCAGUGCAGAACUGCUUCCUGGUGGAGACUCUCCACUAAACAGGAGGAUGACCGAGACGUUACUGGCCAGCCUGACAGAGCACGAGCGCCAGGUCAUCCUCAACAUCCCGGCUGCACAGAGCCCUGAAGACCUGCGCAUGUUUGCCAGGCUGCUGCACUACUUCCGAGGGCACCAUCACCUGGAGGAGAUCAUGUAUAAUGAAAACAUGAGGCGCUCUCAGCUGAAGACCCUCUUUGACAAAUUCAGAAGUGUUCUGGUGGUCACCAACCAUGAGGAUCCUGUCAUCUCCCUCUUCCAGUCUCCUCUGGAGUAGAGAGGUCUGUCAUCUCCCUCUUCCAGUCUCCUCUGGAGUAGAGAGGUCUGUCAUCUCCCUCUUCCAGUCUCCUCUGGAGUAGAGAGGUCUGUCAUCUCCCUCUUCCACUCUCCUCUGAGUAGAGGUCUGUCAUCUCCCUCUUCCACUCUCCUCUGGAGUAGAGGUCUCAUCUCCCUCUUCCAUUCUCCUCUGGAGUAGAGAGGUCUGUCAUCUCCCUCUUCCACUCUCCUCUGGAGUAGAGAGGUCUGUCAUCUCCCUCUUCCACUCUCCUCUGGAGUAGAGAGGUCUGUCAUCUCCCUCUUCCAGUCUCCUCUGGAGUAGAGAGGUCUGUCAUCUCCCUCUUCCAGUCUCCUCUGGAGUAGAGAGGUCUGUCAUCUCCCUCUUCCAGUCUCCUCUGGAGUAGAGAGGUCUGUCAUCUCCCUCUUCCAGUCUCCUCUGGAGUAGAGAGGUCUGUCAUCUCCCUCUUCCAGUCUCCUCUGGAGUAGAGAGGUCUGUCAUCUCCCUCUUCCAGUCUCCUCUGGAGUAGAGAGGUCUGUCAUCUCCCUCUUCCAGUCUCCUCUGGAGUAGAGAGAUCUGUCAUCUCCCUCUUCCAGUCUCCUCUGGAGUAGAGGUCUGUCAUGAGAUGAAGGACCCUUUCUGAAAUACCAGACGGACAGAAUGAUACGGACUGCUGCUGUACAAAGGCCUUAUUAUGGUGCUUGCUGCUUUCAGCCAACUGGAUAAUAUUGCAAUUUGAGGUAACUAAUAUACUGUACUCAUCUAUCAAUGCACCAGAAAAAGAUACUGAUUUAAAAAAGCAUAACUGUCUGCUCUGCUUGGGGGAAUGUGAGUAAAUGUAUAUAGCUUUUAGAUGAUUUAAUUUGUCCCUUUGUCUCUUAGAUGUUUUACGUUCAAUGCCUUGUUUUCAAUACUACAUGAUUGAAUAACAGUGUGUGAAGAGCUUUAGUGACACCUAUAAAUUGGGCAGUUCAAACACUGUACUCCACUUGAGCCUUUCCAUUUGGGGGAUUCCCAAAAGUGAUAAAUCAUCUCCAACAAACACAAUGUAGGAAAACAACCCCAAUGCUCAUUCCAGGCUGCAGGCAAGGCUGCCUCCCCCAGGGGUCUCAGUGGGAGGAAAAGAAUGAAUAGAUGCCAAACAUCAGACAUGCUGUUUCUGCUUUGAGAGAAGGAGCACGACGUUCCAAACAUCUGUGAAAUCAAUGAUUCCAAGAUAACUUUUCAAGCAAGGACUUUUAUUAAAAAACAGGUGGAAGAUUGAGAAUGACUGGAAUGGAAAUUCUAGUUGCUUUGAUAGAAGGGAGGGGAGGCUAGAUCAAAUAUUUUACAGAUGUUUGGAAUGUAGUUUAAUCAUUUGUAGCAUACAAAUAUGGCAUAUUCCAUAUCUGUGGGAUUUGUGUUUGUGCAACAAUGUGUGUAUCUAUUGAGUCUGGAUUCCCCUCGGUGCAAACAUUUUGGCUUUGGGUCUUUUGCAAUGAUUUGCCUAUAGCUAGACCAAAUUACUGAAAUAGCUCAUAGCUGACAUGUUUUCACUUGCUCUAGCAUUGUCUGUAAAAAGCUGGUUAUAGUUAAGAAAAAAACAUUAUGUACUCAUCAUGGUUUGAUACAAUUCCAAAAAUAUUCCCAAUUUCA